AUGACUCCAGGUCUCGCGCUCUUGUUGGUUCGUGCUUGUGUGGAUGUACACUCAAAUGUUCAGCUUCAACACUGGCCACUUAAUUCACUCAAUUCUGUUCGAGAAAUAGUUCUUCAAGAUUCAUUCAAUUUUCCAUGGCUACAAAAAUUAAAAGUUCCCAUUGAAACCAAGAGUAGAGGCCAACUCAUCAAAGAGCUCAUUCAAUUGCUCACGCCUCAGUUUCUCCCUCUCGAUCAGCCUUUUCGGAACUUUCCUCUUACUCUUCUCAGCAGGUAA